AGCCCUUGUGUUUUAGCGUUUCUUUUCUUCAUGACUAAACUACGCAUGGCUGCUGCUUUGCUGGCGAUUGUGGCUGCCCUCGCUCUCGGUGUCUCCGCCGAGACGCACCACAUCGUCGGCGGCUGGGGACCUGAUUUCAACGCCACCGCUUGGUUGGUCGGCCGCUUCUUCACCGUUGGUGACAAAUUACGGUUCGAGCACGGCGGCGCCGACGAGAAGAUGGUGGAGGUGGAUGGCGCGGACUUCGCGACAUGCAACCUGAAGAACCCGAUCCGGAUGCUGAAGGAUCCCGUGAGCCACGUGGCACUCGAGGAGGAAGGCGUCCGCUACUUCACCAGCGGAGACCCCGAGAGCUGCCGCAAGGGCCUCAAGCUUCCUGUCACCAUCAACCGCCCCCACGACCAUGACUUUGACCCGUGGAAGCCCGAUGAGCCGUGGGAGCCUGAUGUGCCGUCUCCUCCGCACAAGGUCCCGCCGCCUCCCUACGAGCCCUACAAGCCUCCUCCGACGCCCACGCCUUCGCCCGCUGCCGUGCUUCUCCACGCCGGCUUCGGUUUGUUCUUGGCUGCUGCCUUCUGGAUUUCUAUCUAGAGGAGUAUAAACUGCUUUUUCAUUAUUAGCUAAAUUAGUGGGAUAAUUGAUAAUAUUAUCUCACGAUAACAUCAUCAUGUGCUAUCUUUCUUAACCCCGUUUGCAUUUAGAUUUCUA